UCUCCUUGUCAAAUGUUAACUGUCUUGUCGGUUUAAUUUUCUACUCCAUUAAACAUUUUAUUUUUAGAAAAUUUGUCGUAAUGUCGUCCAACGAAGGGUGGGAGGAGGGUGUCGCCAAGUUGGACCUUACUGACGGUAUUCACGCUGACGACGAGAAGGAGAGGGCUGACCUCGUUAAGCUACUAAAGGCCAGGAUUUUACGGCAGGAAUCAUUCUUUAAUUGGAUUCCAGACCAGGACACUUUCGAUUAUGUGGCACGAACCGCUUACGCAUCGAUUAAUUCGAAAUUUGAAGAACUUCGACAGCAAGAUGACGAAAUUGAGGAGAGAAAUAGUGCCUUUGAAUUGGUCGGAAACCGAUUAGUGGUCUGCUAUCUGGGAAUGGAGCUGAAGAAAGAGGCCGACAAAAUCGACCUGUUGCUUCAAUCGGCGAGCGACUUUUUGGAAAAGUGUUUCAUUGCGAGGAAAUACAUUUCAAUCGAGUAUUACGACGGGUUUAAGUAUCUCCUAACCAUCUUGGAACAAUACUGGAGGGUCGUUUGCCAGGGUGGCGUUGGGACGACUCUGGAUAAGCUGAAAGAGUGGAGCAAUUGUGAGGGAGCUGAUUAUCAAAGUUUGCCAAGGAAAGGGCAAGUCGGUGUGCUAAGUGCGAAAUCAACCUUUCUCGGAGAAACAUACCGGAAGGGAUUCGACCUGCAGGCUGAACUGUUGGCACAGAUGGCAAUCAUGGACCCGACGCAAGCCGAAUGGCACCUCGUACUCCACUACGUUCUCAAGUUUAAACGGCGCAACGGUAUUCGCGGUGACGAUUCUCCCGAUCAUCGAGAGACUUCUGAAGUCCUGGAAGCCGUCAAAUUGGCCCCAUCAAGACCAAGAGUCCGGGUUGCGUACGCUUCCUGUCUGGCGGAACAUGUCCGAGCAAAUGUGUACCAGCGGACCCAGGUUGGGAUUGACUUUGUGACAAAAACCUUUUCUGGGGCAGAGGAAGCUGUCCAAUUCUUACGGAAGGAGACGAGGUAG